AUGCGUGCUGCCAUCUCUGCAUGGCGGAAAAAGAAGGCGGGCAAGAUCGGCAACACGCAGGUGGACGGCAGCUUCAUCAGUGACGGCUUCUCCAACUGGAAACAGGUUCCCGUGAGGUUCCGGAAGCACGACGGCAGCGAGUGCCACAAGGAGGCGGUCGAGCGUCUGGUGACGCUUCACGCCACUACGUGUGACGUUGGAGAGACGCUGUCAGCGGGGCACGCUAAGGAGAAGGCCGACAACCGGAAGCAGCUGCUGCAAAUCUGCAGCAUACGGUUUCUUGCACGCCGGGGCAUCGCGCUACCCGGGCAUGACGACGAUGAGGGAAAAUUCGUGCAGCUGCUACACCAUCACGGGGAGACGGACAGCGCUCUCCUCGCGUGGCUGGAACGGAAGCGGGACAAGUUCGUCGCCCCUGAUAUCCAGAAUGAAGUACACCAGCUCAUGGCACUGCGCAUCCUCCGUAAAGUGGCAAGCGACAUCAAGACAAACGAGUUUUACACCAUCAUGGCUGACGAGACAACAGACAAGUCCAACCGAGAACAAGUGGUAUUAGUCUUCAGACACGUGGACGGGGACUUAAAUGUGCACGAUAACUUUGUUGGGUUUUACCAAGUACAUUCCAUUGACGCCACUACACUGACGUCGUGCAGAGGGCAGUGUUAUGACGGGGCCAGCAACAUGACCGGAGCGAAGCGUGGUGUGGCGACCAACAUGUUAGCCAAGAAAGGGCGAGCUGUGUUCACUCAAUCUGGCUGUAGGGGACUGUGUACGUCAGUGCAAGCUCUUGCGCGACACCAUGGAUACGGUGCAUGA